GAAGAAAUCUCCCUUCCUCGACUGAACCAGAACCCUACUGCCGCGGCGCUUCCCCGGCUGCCCAGCUCCUGGCCAUCCCCCGGACUCUUCAUCAUCUCCCCUAAAUCCCCACGCCGAUCGAUCUCCAAGAUUUCCCCGAGCGAUUCCAUCUCCCCAAUCAGAAUUCUAUUCGCCUGAAUCGGAGCAGGACUGCCCCCGUCCCGUCGUCAUGGGCGGCUGGAACCGCAUCUCCAGUGCCGGUGGUCUGCUGAAGCCGCUCGCCGGCGUCCCUUUCCGCUCCAUACCCGGCGCCGGCGCCGCCUACUUCAUCGUCGGCUCCGCGCUCGGGGUCUUCGCGAUGCUGCACGCCUCCGAGUCCGAGGUCGGCCGCGAGUGGGCCUCCGCCGCGCACUGGGCCGCCCUGUCCCGCUCCGUGGGCGCGCACCACGUGCUCGUCGUAAUGUCCCUGCUCUUCCUGGGCGCCAUGGUCUGGCGACUCGGCAAGCGCUGCGACGCGGUGGAGGGGCUCGUGGGGAGCGCGGGCGCCACGGUGCAAGCGGUGCGCGUCAGAGGCGUCGUCUGCACCGUGUGUGGGAGUGGGACGAAGGCGCGGGCUCUCAACAAAGGCAGCUCGGCCCACACCGUGGAGCGCCCCCGCUCUGGCAGCUGCUCCGACAAGCCUGUUUCGAGGUCGCUGGCUUUUGAGCUGGAGCAGGAGGCCAACACGGAGGAUGAGGACAUCGAGAGCGAGGUGAACGGCGCGGAGGAGGGCAACGUGGAGCGGCUCAGGCGGCGGCUCGUGCGGGAGAGGAGGCUGAAGGAGGCGGCGCUAGAGGAGCUGGAGAAGGAGAGGCGCGCGGCGGCCUCUGCAGCUGAUGAGGCCAUGGCCAAGAUCGCGUGCCUGCGGAACGAGAAGGCGCUGGUGGAGCGCGAGGCCAAGCAGUUCCGGGAGAUGGUGCAGCAGAAGCAGAUGUACGACCGGCAGGUAAUCGAGUCUCUUCAGUGGAUGAUCAAUAAGUUCGGCAUGCAAUCCGGGGAGCCAGAGUUUUCAUCCGAGCAAGCCGUGUCAGAGACAAGCGAGGACGACCGAGACAAGCGGUUGUAGAUCCUGCUUCCUGGUAGCUCAAUGGAGCAGAAACGUUGGCCUGAAGCUGGGGAAGUUCUUGACAGUUCAGGUUCUUCAUUUUGUAUGGCAUUCAGCAGCCAUAUAGGGCCUCCCAAUGCCCAAAUUUUGAUAGCUGGUGCUGCUGUGAGAUUACUCAAGCAGACAAAGCUCUGCAGAGAUAUAUGUAAUAUCCACCUGUAAAUAUACCAUCCUUUGCAAGCUCCUAAGAUGUGAUUAAUAAUCGUACUAGAUGCUUCAA